AUGCAGAAUGAUGCAGGUGGACCUUGGACCGUGUACGUUCCGCGGAUGUGCUCUGGCAGCAAUCGCAUCAUCGGUGCCAAGGACCACGCGUCCAUCCAGAUGAACGUGGCUGAGGUCGACAAGAUAACCGGCAGGUUCAAUGGCCAGUAUACAACCUACGAGAUCUGCGGGCCCAUCCGCAGGAUGGGUGAGUCGCAGGAAUCCAUUCUAUGACUGGCCGAGGUGGAUGGUAUCGUCUCAAAGAAUUUCUGACUCCGGGGGGAAAUCACGAUGUGGAGUUUUUGUAUUAAAUAAACAGUGAAAGCACCCCCCCAAAAAAAAAAGAAAAGAAAAGAAAUGUACUCAGUGCUCCUUGGAGGACAGGCAUGGGUCUGUCUGCCCUGCUGGGAAGAAGAUAUGGCAGGACCUGAGUUGAUCUGAGAGGUCCAAAUCACAGUCAGGGAACUAGUAGGUGAGAAUAAAGCAACCACUGGAUUAAUUUGGAAUUGGUUCUGGUUUUCCAUACUGUUCUGCUGAAUAUAUAAAUCCCACCACU